ACUCUAUAUUUAGAGGAGCCACACAGCAAGUACUGAGUCUGCCUCAAAACAGGGAGAGGUGGUUGAAUAAUUAUACAAGAGCAGUUGUGGAAAAUAACAGAAAGAAAAAAGCAACAUCCAUUAAACGUGUGAAAGAGCACUUGUUGACUAUUGCAAAAGUAGUGAAACAAAAAGAGUGCAACAUCCAUUAAACAAUAUGCUGUCUAGAAGUAUUCUCAGCUGGUUAGUGCUACUGACCCUAGCUACUGUUACCAGGAGUGAGCACUAUCACAUUGUGCCAGUGGAUUCAACCGAUUUGUGUAAUGACUAUCGAAAUGGAACUUGUUUCACUCUCGAGCAGCUUGUUCAAACAGACUUGUUAUCUGGUGGAGACAAUCUCACCUUGAGCUUUCUACCUGGAGAUCAUGUGUUAACUGAGCAAUUAUUGAUUCGUAACUUCUUACAUGUGCAAAUCACCGGCCAGAACACAAGUACAACUGUAGUUGGAUUCCAUAGCAAUGGUACGAUACGUUUUGUAAGUAAUACCAAAUUGAAUAUUGAAUGCUUGAGUUUCGUUGGAGCGAAUGAUCGACCACAAAACUCACAUCAAGGUUUGAUCAUUGAUGGUGCCAAUGAUGUGUACAUAAAAGACUGCUACUUUUCGGACUUUGUAUCACUCAAUCAAGCAGAAACCCACGUAGUUAAAAUUGUUAAUACUCAAACUGUAACAAUUGAGAGCAAUCUCUUUAUUAACAACACUGGUCGAGCACUGCACGUUGAGGCUGAUGAUGCGUACAUAACAAAUAGCGUGUUCACUAGAAAUGAUGACGGAGGAGGAGCAGUUGAUGAUUUAAUACUGAACGGCAGGUUGAAAUAUAACAGUUCUUGGAGCAGAGGAGCAGUAGAAGUGGUAUCUGGUAUUGUAGUCAUCACUCGGUGUAACUUCACAAAUAACAAAGCUUCUGUGUGGGGUGGAGCAAUUGUUGUUGUUGCAAGCAAUGUGUCCAUUUCUAACAGUAUACUGAUUAACAACAGCGGUGGCGGAGCGAUUGGUGUUGUUUUAGCCAGUGUGUCCAUCUUCGGUUGUUCUCUGACAAAUAACAGAGCUACUAAUAAUGGUGAAGUGAUUGGUGGUGGAGCGAUUGAUGUGGUCAGAGGCAGUGUGUCCAUCUCUAACAGUGAGCUGACAAACAACAGUGCUGACUAUGGUGGAGCGAUUCGUGUUUACUCAGGCAGUGUGUCCAUCUCCAACAGUGAGCUGACAAACAACAGAGCUUGCAAUGGUGGAGGAGCAAUUCGUGUUGACUUAGGUAGUAGCGUUUCCCUCUCCAACAGUGAGCUGACAAACAACAGUGCUGGCUAUGGUGGAGCGAUUAGUGUUUACUCAAUUAGUAAUGUGUCCAUCUCCAAUAGUGAGCUGACAAACAACAGAUUUGACUAUGGUGGAGCGAUUGAUGUUGACUCAGGCAGUGUGUCCAUCUCCAACUGUGAGCUGACAAACAACAGAGCUGACUAUGGUGGAGCGAUUAAUGUUGACUCAGGCAGUGUGUCCAUCUCCAACUGUGAGCUGACAAACAACAGAGCUAAAUAUAGUGGUGGUGCGAUUUAUGUUCACCCAGGCAGUGUGUCCAUCUUCAACAGUGAGCUGAUAAACAACAGUGCUGACUGGGGUGGAGCGAUUAGUGUUUACUCAGGUAGUAGUGUGUACAUAUCCAACAGUGAGCUGACACACAACAGUGCUUAUAAUCGUGGUGGUGCGAUUGAUGUUUACUCAAGUAGUGUGUCCAUCUUCAACAGUAAGCUGACAAACAACAGCAGUGCUUACUACAGUGGUGGAGCGAUUUAUGUUGACUCAGGUAGUGUGUCCAUCUUCAACAGUAACCUGACAAACAACAGUGCUUACUCCGGUGGUGGAGCGAUUUAUGUUUUCUCAAGUAGUAGUGCGUCAAUCUCCAACAGUACGCUGACACACAACAGUGCUAAUUAUAGUGGUGGAGCGAUUAAUGUUGUCUCAGGUAGUGUGUCCAUCUUCAACAGUGGUGGAGCGAUUAAUGUUGUCUCAGGUAGUGUGUCCAUCUUCAACAGUAACCUGACAAACAACAGUGCUUACUCCGGUGGUGGAGCGAUUUAUGUUUUCUCAGGCAGUGUGUCCAUCUCCAACAGUACGCUGACACACAACUUUGCUAAAGAGAAUGGGGUAAUUGAUGUGAUUGUCUCCCGAUUUUCCACCUUGAUCAUCAACAACACUGACAUUACUAAUAACACGGGCAGUUUGAACAUUGCGCAGUCAAAUGUAACAUUCACUGGAAUGAAUAUUAUUGGGAACAAUGGUCGUCCCAUUUAUGCUUUCAAUAGUCGAAUCGAGUUUAAUGGACCUACAACACUCAGUAACAAUCAGGGUGUGUUUGGUGGAGCUAUCAGUGCUGACGAGAGUCAAAUAUACAUUAACACAGAAGGAUUUAUCAUCACCAACAACACAGCUACCUCUGGAGGAGGGGUAUUUCUGAGAGAGAGUACACUCUUUGUAAAUGUGCCAAUAAAGAUCUAUCACAACACAGCACAGAAUGGUGGGGGGAUUUAUGCAUAUUCCAGUAGAGUUGAGUUCCAACCAGUGCAGAUGGAAGAGCCACGUCCUCCAAAUAAACAGAGUGAGAUUGCUCACAACGUUGCUGAGAAUAAUGGUGGAGGUAUACAUGCAGUAUCAUCAACUAUUGAACUUACUCAUUCACACGUCAACAUUGACUCAAACACAGCUAAUACUAGUGGAGGUGGAGUGUAUCUGCAGCAAAGUAAACUGUACCUAUUUAAAAAGGAUGAAGAAGAUAAUUUGAGUCAGGUUCGAUAUGUUAAGUUAAUAAUUAACAACAACUCGGCUCAGUACGGAGGGGGGAUAUUUGUGGCGGAUGACACAGAGAGUAGUGCCUGCAAAGAAGGGGCCACAGAAACUGAAACCAUUUUUGCUGACUGUUUCAUUCAAACAAUUAAACUACAUGCACAUGAAAGCUUUUCAGAUCAAAACUACUUUAACACAUUCAUGACAAAGAACACAGUUACCCAGUCAGGAGCAGACAUCUAUGGAGGUUUGUUGGACAGGUGUACUGCAAGUCAAAAUGCUGAAUAUCACAUUUCUUCAAACGGAUUGGACUACAUCCAAAAUACUGUCAAUUCCUCCAUUGAGCCACUAUCAAUCUCCUCUAGGCCUAUUCAAGUAAUUUUGUGCAACUACUCACAAUAUGACUAUGUUUCUACAAAAAAAGGACACACAUUUACAAUCAGUGUUAUGGCUGUUGACCAAGUUGGAAAUCCAAUGAAUGCCACAAUUCGCAGUUCUGUUGUCAGUGAGAGCGGACGUGAUCGUUUGAAAGAAGGACAGGCAAAACAUGAAAUUGGUAAUCAGUGCACAGAAUUAGAGUACAAUGUAUUCUCACAAGACAGCUCUGCUCAAGUGGAGCUCUAUGCCGAGGGUCCAUGCAUCAAUUUGGGAAUUUCCAAGCAGCUUAUUAAUAUUUCUUUUGAACUCUGCACAUGCCCUAUUGGACUCAAGCCAAUUCAGUCCGAUAUUGAGUGCAAGUGUGACUGUGAUCCAAACUUACUACAAUACCAGGUAACAAACUGUUCUGAGGAAAAUGGAACCAUAAAGCUGGAAAGCAAUAACAACAUAUGGAUAGAAGUCAUAAAUACUACCAACGGAAGUAGGUAUGUCGUUAGUAACUGUACAUUUGACUAUUGCGUACAAAAAUCAGUCAACAUCAGUCUAAGUAACCCUGACGAACAGUGUGCUUACAAUCGAAGUGGUGUCUUGUGUGGAGAAUGUGAACCUGGACUGAGUCUUGUGUUGGCUACGUCAAGAUGUGAACGAUGUUCUGAUAAUUACCUUCUUCUACUAAUACCAUUUGCGCUGGCUGGCAUAUUACUAGUUGCUUUAAUUCUCGUGCUCAACAUCACUAUAGCAACUGGAAAUAUUCAUGGCCUCAUAUUUUACACCAACAUAGUAGCUGCUAAUAAAGCAAUUUUCUUUCCUAGUUUAAACAACUUUUUAACAGUUUUCAUAUCAUGGGUGAAUCUUGACCUGGGAAUUGAGACAUGCUUUUACAAUGGAAUGAACUCUCAAGGGAAAGUGCUCCUUCAACUUGUCUUUCCCGCUUACUUGUUUCUUCUAAUGUUUUUUAUAAUCAUUAUAAGCAAAUAUUUUGACUCAUUUGCAAAGCUCCUCUCCAACAGGAACCCAGUUGCUGCCUUAGGCACACUCGUCCUACUCUCUUACUCCAAACUCUUACGGUUUGUCAUUGCUGCACUGCAACACAGGGUCUUGGAUUAUCCUGAUGGUACAAGUGAUAUAGUUUGGGUGUACGAUGGCAAUGUGCAAUAUUUCGUUCGCGAUCACCUGCCUCGGUUUGUUGCUGCAGCCAUAAUCCUCAUUGCAGGUGGAUUGUUCACUGUACUGCUCUUUUUUGGACAAUGGUUUCCACGCUGUUCCAAGGUUAUGAUAUGGACCAAAAACACGAAGUAUAUUGGCUUCAUGGACGCAUACCAUGCUCCAUUCACUCCCAAGCAUCGCUACUGGGUGGGACUGCUUCUCUUUGCUCUGAUUGCUCAUAAUCUAGUAGCUGCUAUGGCUCUCGACACUUACCUCCCUAUUCUAUCAUCUGGGGCUGUAUCAGUUGGACUGAUUGGAUGGAAACUACUGAAUAAUCGUUUGUAUAAAAGUAAGAUCUGUGAUUCCCUUAAAAGUCUUUAUCUACUAAAUGUUGCUAUGCUUGCAUUUGGCACCUUCUAUGUCAAAGAUACCAAGAACAGUCAGUCAGCACUAGCCAAUACUUCAAUGGCUAUAUCAUUCACCUUAUUUGUGAUAACACUUUGCUAUCACUUUUACCAAUUCGUACUCAAGAAGAGCAAUACAUGGCUGAAGAUAGAGGACACCAUAAGAAACUUAGGAGCUGGUGCUGCAGACAUGAGACUCCGACGAGCUAACAAUGCCCGGGAAAUGUAUCAGCUGGUAGCUGAUGAAAAUGAUGAAGAUGAAUUACUCCAAGCAGUAGACGACUAUGAACAAAGAGACGCCUUGAACCUACCUUACACUGAUGGAGCCGUGGAAGAAGCUGACCCUGAUCGUUACAUCACUCCUCCCAUCAUCAGACCAGCCACGAGGCCGGACCAGCUGAGACUAUCCUACAUGGAUGAUCUAGCCCCCCUCACCACAGAGGACUACAGACCAGCCCCUCCCCCUCCAAGAGCCAAUCAUCGUCCUGCUGUUACACACACAGAAAUUGGCCCCAUACGCAAUGAAGUGUGAACUGACUCUUAUUUAGCUGAUCAUGUAAAUAACAUUUGUAGGCAAUUGUUAGUUCCAACAGUUACUGUCGUUAGCACUUGUUUAUGUCACUAUAGUUAAAGAGAGAUAUGCUUUUUUGUAGAGUAAAAGUUGUGCUAUAAUGAUUUGUUAUUCGAUUCCUACAAUUAUGUAUUAGUUAUUG